AUGUCUUAAGAGAAAAGCCAAUCCCCGAAGCCAAAAGCUUAUUCUAUGUCUUGUUCUAAGUCAGAAAUACUAGAUAAUUAAACAGAAGUAGUGCAUCGAGCUACUAAAAGUGAAAUGAUAUACCCAAAUAAAGAUUUGGAUGGAGGCCAAAUAAACAGCUAAUAAAUGUAGAGCUAAUCUGGAAACUAUUUAAACAUCAUAAUAUUAGGCUUAGUUAUUUUAGGAUUGACUGCGGGUUUAGUGAUAGGAUAUAAAAUAAUGAAAUCAGGAAAUGUUUAGGAUGAGGAAUAAAUGAAUGUGUUUGUGAACAUUGUCUCGCAAUCAUUAUUAAAUAAUCUUGAAUAGCAGAAAUAUCUCAUCAUAGAUGAUUAACUUAAAUAAUUGAAAAAAUUUUAUGAAAAACAACUAACUAAUGUUCUAUGGCAGAAGAUUGUGAAGCAUAUUCAAUAAUAACCAAACGUAAUUAUUAGUUAAGAUAAGAAAAAGUGGAUAUUGAAAGAGUGA